AAAACAAACUUCUCAUAAGUGAGCGAGACUCCUCUUGGAUUACACAGACUGAGUUGUGCUCUAGGAUUUUCUUAUAUUCGAAUUGUUAGCAGUCUUUUUUAAUUAUUUAAAAUAAAAUCAGAUAAUAAAAUGCACUAUUUGACAACAAGUAUUUAUAACAUGGCCGAGAGUUUUAAGCAAUUUACAUCGAAUACAAGGAAUUAUAGAAACAAUAAGGAGAAAUCGUGUAUAGAAAAACAGAAAAAGAUAGCUGUUCUUGGAUAUGCUUUGUUGUAUGCUGGAGCGUGUCUAUGUUACUUAGGAGCUCUGGAGUGUGGAUUUGUUUUUGAUGAUAUAUCAGCCAUCCGAGAAAACAGAGAUCUAAGACCAACAAGUCCAUGGUCAAAUCUUUUGCAAAAUGAUUUUUGGGGAACACCCAUGCAAAAAGAACAAAGUCAUAAAUCUUACAGGCCAGUGUGUGUACUCACCUACCGUCUAAAUUACUUAAUUCAUGGACUUCAGCCACUUGGAUAUCAUUUAGUUAAUAUUGCUUUACAUGCCCUGGUUUGUUUAUUAUACAAAAGAACCUGUGAACUUUUUGUGUCAGAUGAAACUGCGUUUCUUGCUGCAUUCCUUUUUGCUGUUCAUCCAUUGCACACUGAAGCGGUGACGGGAGUUGUUGGCCGAGCAGAAAUUUUGUCUUCUUUAUUUUAUUUAUUGUCCUUUUUAAGCUACACCACAGCUGCUACGAAACGGUUCACGACAGAAUGGUUUUCCUUUGGAUGUUGUUUGUGUUUGGUGACGCUGGCUACUUUCUCCAAAGAACAAGGAAUAACUGUGAUUGGAUUAUGCUGUGUAUACGAUUUUAUCAUCUUACACAAGGUAAGAUUGCCUGACAUUGGACAUCUAAUGUCCGGGAAAGGACAGUUAAAGGAAGUUUGGCGCCGAACUGGAUUCUUGGCGACCUGGGCAUUGUUCCUGUUGGUCAUCCGGCUGAAAGUGAUGGGAGUACAAUUGCCCGUAUUCACUAAAUUUGACAACCCGGCAGCAGCUUCAGAGACACCCACAAGACAACUGACUUUUAAUUAUUUGGUGGCUCUUAACGGAUGGCUACUCCUUAAUCCCAACGACCUUUGCUGUGACUGGACAAUGGGCAGUGUACCUCUCCUCAGAUCGUGGAUAGAUCCCCGAAAUGCUGCGACUCUAGCACUAUAUGGGAUAUUAAUCGCUGCCUUAUGGAACAGCCUAUGGGUGGAUGACAGUCGUUCCAGAAUACUUCUCAUGGGCCUGUCUAUGAGUAUUUUUCCAUUUCUCCCUGCAUCCAAUCUUUUCUUUCCUGUAGGAUUUGUAGUUGCAGAGCGAGUACUUUAUGCACCUAGUAUGGGUUUCUGUCUUUUAGUUGCACAAGGCACCAGUCUUCUAUCUACACGUCGUCCUGGUCUGAUCUGGACCAGUUUGAUUCUAUUGCUGUGCAUCCAUGCAGCCAAGACUGUUCGUCGAAACGCCGACUGGAAAAGCGAGUAUGCCUUGUUUUUGUCUGGCAUAAAAGUUAAUCAGAGAAAUGCAAAACUCUACAAUAACGUUGGACAUUGUUUGGAGACUCAAGGAAAAUAUUCUGAAGCUCUAAAUUACUUUCAUACAGCAAUUAGAGUAGAGCCAGACGAUAUAGGAGCCCACAUAAAUGUAGGCAGGACUCACAAUCAUCUAGGAAUGUAUGAAGAGGCAGAAAAAGCUUUUAGAAAGGCAAAAGACCUACUGCCUAAACCACCUUUUGGAGAAGGAUAUGAAGCUCGAGUUGCUCCAAGCCAUUUGAAUGUGUUUUUGAAUUUGGCAAAUCUGAUAUCGAGAGAUGGUACAAGACUCGAGGAAGCAGACGAUCUUUAUCAAGAAGCUAUUCGUAUGAGAUCAGAUUACAUAGAAGCUUAUAUCAAUCGAGGUGACAUUUUAAUUCGCAUGAAUAGAACUCAAGAGGCACAAAAUGUGUAUGAAAAAGCCCUACACCUUGAUGAAGACAAUGCCGACAUUCACUAUAAUUUAGGAGUGGUGCUUUUAGAACAAAGGAAAACAGACAUGGCUCUUUUAUCGUUCAAUAAGGCUUUAAAAAUCAACCCCAGGCAUGAGCAAGCAUUACUAAAUUCGGCCAUUUUGAUACAAGAGACUGGAGGUCCUAACAUGAGAAAAACAGCAUAUCACAGAUUGAAGGCUCUUUUGAAAACGAAAGAAGUGAAUGAACGAGUUUAUUUUCAUUUAGGAAUGUUAGCAAUGGAUGAUAAAAAUUUUACUCUUGCUGAAAAAUGGUUUCGCCGUGCUGUCGAGCUCCGAGGUGAUUUCCGAAGUGCCCUUUUUAAUCUUGCACUUUUGUUAUCUGAAGCUAAGCGGCCUACAGAAGCACUUCCGUUUCUUCAACAAUUACGGCAGCAUCAUCCUGAUCACAUAAAAGGUCUCAUUUUGUUGGGUGACAUCUUCAUAAACACUGUCAAGGACUUAGACUCAGCGCAAGAGUGCUAUGAAAGCAUAUUGACCCAAGAGCCAAUGAAUGUGCAAGCUCUGCAUAAUUUGUGCGUCGUUUAUGUUGAACGUGGUCAAAUGGAUGAAGCAGAAGAAUGUCUGGAGAAGGCAGCGGCUAUAGCACCGAACGAACAGUACGUUACACAGCACCUCAGUAUUGUACGAUCAAGGCGGCAUCAGUUAAUAGAGAGAAAAAACCAAAAUAAAGAGAAAUCGUCAGUUAAAAGGGACAGUAACGAUUUUCUACUUAAUUUACCGACUUAAGCAGAAUUUUCUUUACUAGGAAAUAAAGAUUUCAUGCCAAAUAUUAUUGCUGCGUUUUGCUAGAAAAAUAAUAAGUGAGAUGUAAUGUGUGUUUUUGUCCUUUCGUGUGAUAGAUACGUGUUCUUGAGAAUGUUUUUCGAGACUUAAUGAUUAAAAUCUGGAGAGGAUAGUGACUAUCGACUUGGUAUCGAAGAGACAGGUGCAUUACAUUAAAAUUAUGCUAAAUAUGCAUUGUGGUUGUUUCUAAAGCUACAAUGGUGACAUAUGACAUGAGAGUAGAUUGACACAAAGAGAUGCGUGUUAGGAAAAUGCCAAGAAUUGUACAAGAUUUUGUAAAAUAAAAUAAAGCAAUAAAUAUAUUAAAAUUUCUCUAUAUAACCGACUGCUGGUACGAAAUAGUUUAGUCGUGCUUUGAACGUGCAAUAAUUAAAAAAGCUAAUAAAAACUUUCAGAAAAAUCGAUACAAUAUUGAACUAUGCCCAGUACCUUGAAACAUUAUACGGUUCAAAUCCUGCAACUGUAAGAAGU